ACCUAGUUCGAGUUAGCAACAUCCUCUACUUCUUUUUCUACGUCUUUGGAUUUGGAUUAGUCCUUUUUCUCGUGUGUUCUCACGAUUUAUCUUUCUUUCUUUCUCCCUUCCUCCCCUCUCUUUCUUUGUACUUACCUCUUGGCGAAGAAAAAAAAAACUAGAAAGUAGAAUUUUCUCAUACUUCGAUCUCCUUUCCAAAGGAAAGUAAAAGAAGAAGAAGAAGAAAAUUGCCCAGUGAAAUGUAUAUCCGAGAGAAAAAUAUAUAGAAGAAACUGAUGACAAUAGAAACGAAUGCAAAAAUCGAAAGUAUUUUUCUCAAAGGAAAAAAUAAAGAAGUAAACGUUUCGUUGCUUCGAUUAGAUUCGGUGAGGAUACACGCGAUAAAUUAACACGGCGAAGAUAAGUGGAACGAUCGAGACGUGAGUGGAGGAGCAAGGUCACGGAUAAACGAGGAGCUCGCAAAGUGUUACUCGAGUGGGAAAGAGCUUGUUUUCUUCGCGUCGAUGGACGUUAGCAAGGUUCUUUAUUACGAAGACCGUUCACCGUCGGUGUCGCGUUAUUAAAAUAGACGACGUAGUCGAGUGAAUCUUGAAAGGACGGUUCAUUCGGCUCGACUUGGCCCAGAAACGAUGGUCAUCGUGGCAAAAGCGUUCAACUUGAUAAGACCCUGCAUGAUUCACGAGCGAAAUUCGAACGGUUGAGGGGGAAAGGAUAAGAAAAAGGAAGGUGAAAUAGAAAGGUGAAAUAAAGAAAAAGUAAAGAAAAAAGAAGAAAAGAAAAAGGAAAAUAAAGAAUGUCGGAAAGCGAGACGAAACCAGCCUCACCGGUGCCAAACGUUUGCACGCAAGGUUGCAACAGUCUUAUCACCGUACAAUGUCCAACGCUUCAAGUGACAUCGCGCAUGUUGCGUUCGCCAAGUCACGAAAGUGUCACCACCGAUAUUUCCCUCUUCAGUGUAUCCUCGAUAGCGAGCGAAUUACGAGGUGCCAACAGGUUGGUCACCUUCAAGUCGUACAGCGAUGUGCAGCUAGCUGGACGGGGACCCUCGCCGAAACCCGAUCGGCAAAUUCAGGGUAACAGACCAGCCGAUAUUCCGGAAAUUCUUUGGUUCGAGGAAGAGAACGAUCUGAUCCGCAGUUGCGGUGUUCUCUCCUCGGCACUGGGUCUUCGUAAAAGCUUCAGUACGAGCGAUGUCUCGCAAUUACCAAGCCCAGACGCAUCUGUACCAGCUGGACUUCGUUCGGCCGUCUCAGCAUUGGCGCUCGAUACCCAAAGAAACAAUCUACUUUUGGAACACGCGAGGCUCGAUCAUGCCUCGAGAUCCUGUAGCACGUGGGUCGCUGUUGGUGAACCCGUAGCGAGUACCUCUCAACUUCCGAGUCCUCACGGUGGUGCAGCGCAAGAACAGCCGCAACAAUCAUCGAGCUCUCACUCGUCUGCACCUCAGCCACCACCAGCUCCACCACCACCACCGAUACCCUUUACCGGUGCCGAUCUCAUUAGGUCUGUCAAUAAGAAGGUUCGACAGAAUUAUAUACGCCGAAGGUUGCUGACGACUUAUCGAGCUCUCGAACGACUAUCUCAAAGUGAAUUCAACUUGGAUCAAUUGGAGGCAGCGGCAAGUGCGGCACAAAAUACACCAGGUACGACAUUGCUCGUACCUGGUACUACUUCAGGACUUUCUGGUACAUCGAUAAUCGGUCGGAAGGAACGGAAUCAUGCCUUGACCGUCAGAGACGUCGAAAGGGAACGUGGUAAUCAAUUAUCCAAGUACGAGAGAAACAUGAUGAUCUUCAACUGGCUUCACACCCUCGAUGAUACAGCGAUCGUCGACAGUGUCGAAUAAUCCUAAUCGAUUGAUGAUAAUCGACUUAUCAAAAGCACCUAUGGCGCUUACCGAUCACGGACUAAUCGGCAUUGACGGAUUAUUUCUAUCUUCUUCUUCUUCUUCUUUUUUGUUUCUUUUUAAUAUUCGUUGUUCCGUUUACCUUUCUUAACCUCUUCUUUCUUUGACUUUUAAAUCUCGAUUUAAGGUACACACACACACACGCGCACGCACACACACACACACACACACACACACACACACACACACACACACACACACACAUAUACAUAAAUAAAAUCGAGAUGUAAUUUCGUAAACGGAAGAUCUUUCCAUAAAGGAAUAAAAGUUGUUACAGUGCAAAGAUAUGGAAAAACGAAAAAAAAAGAAAAAAGAAACUGAUUGAGAGACGUCCGUCCCCUCUCGUCCAAAGAUAUAUCACAUUAAAUAGAUAAAAGACAAAAUAAAGCAAAAAAAACAAAAAACAAAAAACAAAAAAAACAAAAAAAGGAAAUAAUUCCGGCGAACAUAUCCGAACAAUCGGUCGAUCGGAACAAUGUGUACGAAGAUAAUGAUUCACUGAUUCACCAAGUGCACGCACCUAGAGCCAUAGAAUGUUGAGACUAAAAAUGCGACAUCACGAUCUAUCUCAUUUUUAUUAUACUUAUACUUAUCGUCGAUGCAACGACAGAGUAUGUGAUGAUAUAUUUUCCAUUUUUCUUAUUCGAUGACAAAUUUUCUCUGUUUUUUCCGUCAUUGACAGGAUGAAAUUGAAAAAUGAAAAGGAAAAAAAAAGACAAAAGAUACAUAAUGCAACAUUGAUUAUUGUCGUUGCAUCAGUGAUAUAGUAUAGCGAAUCUAGUGUAGCUAAACUCUUAUCUUUUUUUUUUUUCAGUGUUAUACUUUAUCCAAAAAAUGAACAGAACCGUUGAUAGCGUCGUUGCUCGACUGCUACUAAUAUAUUACAAAAUUCAACUAUAUAAGGAACAAGUUUUAUUAUUUUCUUUCUUAGAAGCGGAGAUUUCGAUUAAUCGCGUCUCGCCAGGUGUUCAGGAUAAGUAUUAAUUAAGUUACAAGAAAUCGUAACGCUAAAAUUGAAGAGAGAUCGCAACGAGCUUUUGAGAACUUUCUUAACGAGCCUCGAUACGUUUACUUUGGCAUAUCCAAACGAUUUGUCGUUUUACCAACAACAAAUUUAUACAUUUUCUACAGUAAAAAAGGGAAAAGAAAAAAAAAAGAAAAAAGAAAAAACAA